CAUUAUUGUUAUUGUAAUGAUAAAUGAUACUAUCGCUUCCAGUUCUUAUUUGUGUUUGUGGUUAACAACAAUAACAGUUCUCAUAAAUUUGAUGCGGAGCUGAACUGAACACGAUUCCCGUUAGGCGCGGGUCUCUUUUCUUGGAGCUGUCCCCUGAUUGACAGCCGCACGCCCCGCCCCUGCCCCGUGCCUGCUCCGCUCGCUUCAGUGUGCACGGGCUCAGGUCGGGCAAGGAGAGAGCUCUUCCACGGCGUGUGAAGUUUGUGACUCCCAGCUUUUCUGCCUUUUUAAGUGGGGGACCCGCUGGCAGAUACUUCAAUGAGCGCUUUUGAAGUUGCUGCAGCCUCUGGCUUUCCUCUGAAGAAAUGAUAGCUGCGCUGCUUCCCGUAUUCUGCUCGACAGACCAGAAAAUGAAGUACUUGUCUUUUUUCAUACUUGUCACAGUCCUGGCGGCAGAUUUGGUCCACGGGGGGUCGAAGUUCCAGGGCCCAUGUGCAGGCCGAGACUGCAGCCGUGGGUGUCAAUGCCUGCCUGAGAAAGGCAGCCGGGGUCAACCAGGACCCCUAGGGCCACUGGGGCCAAAUGGACCCCCAGGAUUUCCAGGUAGCCUGGGGCCACAAGGACCAAAGGGUGAGGGGGGCCACCCAGGACCACGAGGGCCUGCUGGGCUGAAAGGAGACAAGGGACCAAUGGGUGUACCUGGUUUCUCAGGAAGUGACGGAGUUCCAGGACAUCCAGGUCAGGAUGGCUCGAGGGGGUUGCCUGGGCCUGAUGGCUGCAAUGGAACAAUCGGGGAUCCUGGCCCAAGAGCUCCAGAUGGGUUUCCAGGAACCCCAGGACUGCCAGGUCCGGUUGGUCCAAAAGGCCAAAAGGGAGAGCCAGUCUUUUCAGGAGGAAGCAAAGGCUCAAGGGGGUUCCCUGGCCUACCUGGACUGGUUGGACCAGUCGGUCCACGAGGUCAAAGAGGUGAAGGAGGACCCACUGGUCCUAGAGGUCUGACAGGCAAACAGGGUCGCCCUGGUCCCCCUGGCCUCCCAGGACCCAAAGGCAGUUCAAGUCUUGGUUUCCAGGGAGAAAGAGGAGAAAAGGGCGAUGGGGGUCAGCCCGGACCCCCAGGCCAGCAAGGACCAGAUGCCCUAGACGGGCCACCCAUAAGCACUAUCUUCAAAGGAGAUAAGGGUGAACCAGGCUUCGUGGGCAUUCUUGGACUACCUGGCAUGCCUGGGCCUCCGGGUUACUUUGGAUACCGCGGAGAGAAAGGAGAAAAGGGCAUCCCCGGAAUGCCGGGAGCGCGGGGCUAUCCAGGACUGAAUGGACCUCGGGGAUCGUAUGGAGACAGGGGUUCAGCUGGUAUUCCUGGAUACCCUGGAACACCAGGAUUUCCUGGGCAAAAAGGGGAACGAGGAGAUAUUGGCUUUCCAGGCCCAACCACCGUUAUUAAUGGAGGGGGACAAGGCCCUCCCGGAGAUCCAGGGCCAGAAGGCCAGCCAGGCCUCCCUGGAGAUGAGGGGCCUUUGGGACCCCCGGGACCCCCAGGAUUUCCAGGAUCACCUGCAUUCAGGCCAGGUCAACCAGGCAGGCCAGGCUUUCCUGGGACACCAGGAUUGCAAGGGGAGAAGGGGAGCCCUGGAGAGGUCAGCUUUGGUCAGCCAGGGGCUCAGGGAAACCCUGGCUUUCCAGGUCCUGCUGGGCCUCCUGGACCCCCAGGAGAAACAAUCCAAAACGCAGAUUUAAAUGGAAGAAUCGGAAAUCCGGGACUGCCUGGACAACAGGGGCCUCCAGGGUCUCGUGGAUCCAAAGGAAUCAAAGGGAAUCUGGGAGACUGCCAGUGCUUGGGAGGCGAUGAUUUCAGUAACCCGGGCCCUCCUGGACCCCAGGGGCUGCCUGGUCCUGCAGGAUUACUGGGUCGAAAGGGGGCAGGUGGAGACCCAGGACCCCUAGGUUUUCCAGGACCUCCUGGCCCACGGGGAACUCCGGGUGAACGGGGGUUUUUCGGGCGGAAAGGAGAGAAAGGCGAACCCUACUUUCCUAAUGGCAUUGGAGUGAAAGGAGAACCGGGGGUGGUCGGACCCAGUGGCCCAUCAGGGGAACCAGGACGACCAGGCAGAGAUGGGUUGCCAGGAUACCCCGGACGUCCAGGACCCCCCGGAGAUGGAGGAAUUGGUGUUCCUGGAGAGAAAGGGUUUCCAGGAAGCCCAGGCCUCAAAGGUCGCCAAGGAGAUGUAGGUUCCCCUGGAAUCGGGUACCCUGGAGCUGUGGGAAACCAGGGCUUGCCUGGUGUUCCUGGCAUUGACGGACUUCCUGGUCAGCCUGGCCUCCCAGGACCUCCAGGUGACUGUUGCUGUGGGCAGGAGGUUGGUAAUGGACUCUCACUCACAGAGGGAGGGACAACACUGCCUUGUAUGCUUCCUAGAGAUGACGGUGACCCAGGACCACCAGGAUUUCGUGGAAUCCAAGGUCCUAAGGGAGAGUCUGGCAAUCCUGGGUCUGUUGGCAGGCCUGGUUUUGAUGGUCAGAAGGGUGAACGAGGGGACCCAGGAUUUGGUGGACAACCAGGACCUCAAGGGUUCACAGGGCCCAGGGGUGACCAGGGCCCUCCAGGCAUGCCAGGGCAGGAUGGCAGACCAGGGCUUCCUGGGAAGGAUGGCAUUCCAGGGCUGCGGGGGGAGAAGGGAAAGCCUGGAGAGGUUUUCGGGGCUCAGCCUGGAUCCCCUGGCCUACCUGGCCUGCCUGGAGCACCAGGGGACAAGGGACAGAUCGGAAACCCAGGCCUCCCUGGAUCACCUGGGUUUGAUGGCCGUAUAGGUAUCCCUGGUGCCAAAGGGGAACGCGGUGCGGAUGGCUUCCCCGGAACUCAAGGUUUGCCUGGGCUGCCUGGAGAGGGUGGUCUGGGAGGAAUCCCUGGCCCUCCUGGUCCUGAAGGGAGCAAAGGAUUUACCGGUCCAACAGGCUGCCAAGGCUUUCCAGGGCUGAAAGGAUUUGCUGGUGACCCUGGCCCCCCUGGUCCAGCAGGAAUGAAGGGUCUCCCAGGACAGCCUGGGUUUCCAGGCCUGCCUGGACAGAAGGGCUUUCCGGGGCCACCAGGGAGCAGUGGACAAGAUGGUUUUCCUGGGUUGCCAGGCAGGAGAGGUGAAAAGGGAGUACCAGGCAUGCUGGGCUUCCCAGGCAUGCCGGGGUCUCCAGGGGCCUCCGGGACCCCCGGACAAAAGGGACCCCGAGGAGUGGAUGGCAGUAAAGGGCUGCCUGGACAAGUUGGACUGCUAGGACAGAAAGGAGACAGAGGGGAUCCUGGGCUGCCAGGCCGGCCUUCCUUGCCCCCAGUGGCAGGAUUGUUGGCAAAGGGUGACAGAGGAAGCAGUGGCCCCAGUGGGCUGAUGGGGUUCCCGGGGCAACAAGGUGAUAAAGGUUUUCCAGGCAGAGCUGGUCUCCCAGGUCAGCCAGGCCUGCCUGGCUUCCCCGGCACGGAGAAGGGAGCUCCAGGAGAUCUUGGACUACCUGGCACUCCAGGGUCCCCAGGAUUUCCCGGUUCCAAAGGCUCUCCUGGGAUUAUUGGUUUCCCAGGCGUACCUGGACCCAGGGGUGUCGAUGGUCCAUCCGGUAUUAAUGGAUUCCCUGGAGUUCCUGGGGGUCGAGGCCUGAAAGGUGAUCGUGGAGUCUCAGUGAGCACUCCUGGAAUCCCAGGAAAUAAAGGUCAGCCAGGAGACCCUGGAAUACCUGGGGGGAGAGGCACUGAUGGCCCAUCAGGUGGACCUGGUUUCCCUGGAAACUCUGGGUUCAAUGGUCAGAAGGGCAUCCCUGGAGAGCGAGGAAGGCAGGGCCUGCCAGGUACCCCAGGAUUCCUGGGCACCAAUGGUCUGCCUGGGCUGCCCGGUCGGAGGGGGCCUGAGGGUUCCCCUGGUACCCCUGGAUCACCAGGGAGAUCUGGACAGAAAGGUUUGCCUGGAGCUCCGGGCCUGGAUGGGCUCAACGGUUUGCCGGGCCCCAAGGGACCCCCUGGAACUCCAGGACUGAGCGAGCUGGGGAUCCCUGGCCCUGCAGGACCUUCAGGCCCCAAAGGAGAGAGGGGGUUUUCCUUUUCUGGCACACCGGGUAUACCUGGGAAGAAAGGAGAAAGGGGCGAGCAAGGUGCCCCCGGUGUGGUGGGCAUCCCCGGUGCUGCCGGUUCUCGCGGGGGCUCUAUCCCCUCCAACUUCCCCGGUCAGCCAGGAGACCGAGGACUGCCCGGAUUGGAUGGGGAGCAAGGCUUCCUCGGCCCCCCUGGACCCCCAGGUCCUGCUGGCCCGGGCACCGCACAAGGAGACAGAGGUGACCAGGGCUUCCCGGGGCCACCUGGCCUACCUGGACAACCUGGCAGUCUCGGCUUCUCCGGCUCUCCAGGAAUCCCUGGAGCCCCCGGAUUCAAAGGUCAGCGAGGGGACCCAGGCAUCGCUGGAACCCAGGGACAGAAAGGGUUCCCUGGGGACCCUGGCUCCUUUGGGUUGAAAGGACUGAAGGGAGUGAGAGGUUCCCCAGGCCCUCGAGGGAUUCCUGGAUUGUCAACUCCUCCACCUGAUAUAAGGAUUCCCAAUGGAUCUCCUGGAUUCCCGGGGCAGCAAGGGAUAAGUGGGGAAUUAGGACCUCAAGGGCAGCCAGGCAUACCAGGCAGUCAAGGUUUGAAAGGUUUUCUUGGCUCCCCUGGUAAACCAGGAAAGAGUGGGCAGCCUGGAUUUCCAGGAGUAGUGGGAGAUCCUGGCCCUCUUGGCAUUCCUGGAGCCCCUGGACAGCUGGGACUCCCAGGGAAGCAGGGUCCUCCCGGGCUGCCAGGCACCUCAUCGCGCAGCCCCAGCAUUGGGUACACCCUGGUGAAGCACAGCCAGUCCGACCAGGUGCCGCUCUGUCCACAGGGGAUGGUAAAGUUGUGGGACGGUUAUAGCCUGCUCUACGUGGAAGGACAAGAAAAGGCUCACAACCAGGACCUAGGACUAGCUGGCUCCUGCUUGCCCCGAUUCAGCACCAUGCCCUUCCUCUACUGCAACGCCAACGAGCUCUGCUACUUUGCCAGCCGCAAUGACAAAUCCUACUGGCUCUCCACCACCGCCCCCAUUCCCAUGAUGCCCGUGUCGGACAACCAGAUCCCUCAGUACAUCAGCCGCUGCUCGGUGUGCGAGGCCCCAUCCCAGGCCAUAGCUGUGCACAGCCAGGACAUCACCAUCCCCCAGUGCCCCCAGGGCUGGCGCAGCCUGUGGAUAGGCUACUCCUUCCUCAUGCACACAGCCGCUGGCGCUGAGGGCGGCGGUCAAUCCCUAGUCUCCCCGGGUUCCUGUCUGGAAGAUUUCCGCGCCACGCCCUUCAUCGAGUGCAACGGCGCCCGCGGCACCUGCCACUACUUCGCCAACAAGUACAGCUUCUGGCUGAGCACCGUGGAGCCGGGCCUGCAGUUCGUGCAGGCACCCCUUUCAGAAACUCUGAAGGCCGGGCAGCUGCGGACUCGCGUCAGCCGCUGUCAGGUCUGCAUGAAGAACUUGUAGCGGCGGAGACAGGAGGGAGGAAACACAGCAAUGACUGACACAGAGGAGCAGAAAUACCUUCCUGGAAACAGUGCGCCAAAUUACCACCUUAUCGCCCCCAACUCUCCCUGUCCCGGACCAAGGAUUGGUUUGGGUGACCAGCUUCAGAGGGACCUGACAUCAGGGACGAAAAGUGAAAGGGGUCAUGUGGGAUUCUCCUGCCUUAGCUCUCGCUGACGAUGGUGCUACGCUUUCAUUUUCCGUUUUGUCGCCUUUGCUUGAAUUCCUCACGGCUACCUCAGCGAUUUAUGGCAAAAACCCACCUGGAGUCGCUCUGACCCAUGUUCGGUUUUACAUAUCUUAUGAAAUGCAGAGAGGUGGCGGAAACACAGACCUUGAAGUGGAUGGGAACUCAAUAAAAGACACAGAGCGUUUAAGCAGAAAAUCUAUUCCAUGAGUGCUCACCAGUCGCAGUAGGUGACCUUUCCUUGUUUUUGGAGGUAAAUAAUCUCUUUGUAGGAUACAGAAAACCUUGUGAAUGUUCACUUCCAAUGGUAGAGUUUAGGAUCAAGUGUUAAAAGAAUAAAAAGUAAAAACUACCAAAUGCUACAGUUUACACAGUUGUCGAAUUUAAGCUUUUAUAUUUCCUUUCUUAGACAUCUGCAUAUACUACUAAUGCACUGAUUGGGAUUCUUACAGGUAUUAUUAUGUGGAUUUUAUUAAGCCUACAAAAAAUGUAACAGCUAGGUUGUGGAUCAAAUGCAUGUAAGUGAAUAGUCUGCACUGAGGGGAUACAAGAGGUUAAUAAGGGGCCAGUAAAAUUAUACACAUGGCUGACCCCUCAUUCAACCUCUGAAACACACACUGCUAUUUGCCCACUCCAUGCCCCUGUGAGUUCCUGAUAUGCUUAUGGUUGUCCUAUCUAAAAUGUUUUUAAAAAAAUACAAGCUCUUUACUAUACAUAGUUUUUUUAUAAAAUGUUCAAAAAUGACCCUAUUCAUCUUUCUUUUUAAAUUUAAACAAUUCUGUGACAGAACACUGUAAAUGAAAGGAAACAAACCGCUACCCAAAAUAAUCUGACAAGUGAUAUUCAUAAAGGGAAAGUUUGAAGUUGUUGACCCAUGGUGUAUAAGAAAAAAAUGUCUGAAUCUUUCCCUUCCUGUAUCAAUCCAAAAAGCAAGAGCAAUUCUGCUAAACAUGUGCAAUAAAAAUAUUUUUCUCACAUGGCUUAAUCACAUCCACGUCUACAAUGUUUAGUCUAAUUUAAUUCACAAUCAUAAUCAUUAAAAAAAGAAAAUAUACAGCAGACUGAAACUACCCCAAUUACCAUAAACUGUAUGGCAAUGGAUGUAAUUACACUGUAAUAACAAUAUAAUUAUUAUAUUAUUAUCGUUUUAAUAAUAAUCGAAUAAUUACUAUUUAUUUUAAUGCUUCGCUCAUGUUUCAGCUUAAACAAAAUGCAUCUCAGAAUAGAUUGUAUUUCUUACAAACUGUGGACAAAUUGUUUGUCUGGUAUCACAGGCUAUAGUUAACUUGUAUUCAUUGAUUGGCAAUGAGGGAAGCAUUUCUUGCAGCAUGAAGAACAUUCUGUACUGUAUGUUAACAGGGUAUUCAGGAGACACCCUGUCAACUCUGUCAUUUAUCUAAUCUUGUCAUGUCUGAGUUAAUUUGUGUUUAAGAUCAUAUAGUAUUUGACCUGAUUUGCAAUGUCAAAGAAACUGAAACAGGUUGGAAGUAUUAAAAUAUUUUGUUUUAGACAGCUUUUACAGAUUUGUUGUAAAUAUUACCCCACAAUGAUCUAAAGUAUGACCCUUCUUUUUAUCAAAGAGAUGCUGUUACUAGCAGAGAAGAUGAGCUUUAGUUCUGUGAUCCAUAGAUCUGUAUUACCUUUGUAUAAGCCCCAUUUCUGCAGAAAGAGAAAAUUAGUAAUAAAGAAAAAAUUAGUGUCACCUUAAUAAGAUGGGAAAGAUUUAAAUGUUCAUUGUGUUAUAAGUUUGUGGUCCUAACCCAGGUAAUACUGUAGGUCUAAGUUAAAUUAGGCAACAUAUCUAAGGAUUUUGCAGACCUACAAGACCAGUUAAACUCCACAUGUACUAGGUAGGUUAAUAAAAUGUGUACAUGGUUGCAAACAGUUCACUUUCCAAAAAAGUAGUGGAAAAAGAAGAACUAAAGAAUGGAAUUCUAACUCCCUGAUACCCAUUACAGUAAAUGUAAUCCUGCUACUUGUGAACUUGUGUUUGAUCUCUGAAGACAUUAAUGACCAGUAGUAGCAGGACAUCAAUAAAUAAUAUUGACACUAAGAAAAAAAGUAAAAACCUAAUAGAUUUGUUAUCAGAAAUGUAUUUUAGGACAGAGUUCCUUUAUUUUUAUAUUUGAAAUCCUGAAACAAUUGUAGGUAUUCAUUACUCCUUUUUUGAAACACUGACUUGGCGUAGGCUUGCACACCUUCAAAAUCUACUGUAGAGCCAGAUCCUGUAGCUUUGCCCCUGAUGUCUCCUCUGUGGUUGAAAACUUUUGGGGUUUGCUGAUUUAACCACUAUGUGUAUUCACUGAGCAUUUUCUUUGGCUACUAGCCAUGGCUAUACAUUUUUACUUUAUUUGUGUACUUAGAUUGUGUAUAAUUAUUUACAGUUUAACCUCUGUCUAAAGAAAAGACACAAUAAAUACAAAAAAGUAUUAUGUGGAGUAUAUGUACAUUUGAUGGAUUAAUCGUAAAUCACUUUUUAACUGUACACUUAAAAUUGCUUUUAGAUUAUUAUUGUUAGUUUUGUAAUUGCUUUUUAUUUUUCUAGGAUACAGGAGUAAUAACAUAUUUACUGCAGUAAGUAUACACUCAUAGGUGUGGUUUUGAGAAAAAAAGUCUAUACUGAUUGUACAGUGCUGCAAUGUUUGUAAAAACACAAUUCCCAGUCAAGUAUAUAACUUAAAUCAGACUCAGAGUUUUUACUGUUGAAGAACAGCAAUUUGUUUUUAGUUUUCACAGUUUGGAAGCACCAUGGGUGUGCCUUUGUUCAUUUGAAAUAAACAAUUUAAACUUGA